AUGGAGUGGAAUUUCCCAACUUAUCUUGCAGAAGCAAGAAUAGCCAUGGAGAGUCUUUUUGUAGCACCUUAUGUCUCCUCUGCUUCUUGGUUCCAGAAGUGGGAAGAGACUAGUGAAGGUUUUGAUUUUCAGGUGGAGGCUGGAUUGCAGGCUAGGAGGCUGAGCAAAGAGAUCUUAAUCGAAGCCAAAGAAAUGGUGAAAGAAGGAGAGAGUUCAUUUGAAGUUAGAGUUGAAGGCCACAAUGAAAAUGAUAUGGUUUUGGCAUGGAGAGGAACUCCAUUAGUGAGAGUUUCUACUUGGAUGUAG